GGCUAAGAUCGCGCGCAUGCGUUAUUGUGCAAACAUGGCGGACCCGUUGAGCUUGUUGCGACAGUUCAAUGUCAACAAAAAAGAUAUUACGGAGAAGAAUGCGCAGAUUAUUUUCGACGAAUACUCCUGGCCGAAGACAGUGAAGACCAACUACCUCGUCUGGGGGUCCGGUAAAGAUGGGACCCCGAGGGAGUACUACACUCUGCAGUGUCUGCUGUUUCUCCUCAAGAAUGUCCAUCUCUCGCAUCCAGUCUACGUCAGACAAGCUGCCGCGGAGAACAUACCCGUGGUCAGGCGUCCCGACAGAAAGGACAUUUUGGCCUACCUCAAUGGGGAGACUGCAACCUCGGCCAACAUCGACAGGAGUGCACCCAUGGAGAUUCCGACCCAGGUCAAAAGGACAGCUGAGGACCCCCAGACAGACGCGGUCAAGAAGCCACGUCUCGAGGAAACCCAGAUGCAGAGGGCCAAGGAACAGUUUUCCGCUCGUCUGGACGCUCCAAAGGAGGCGCCUGUGGUCACAGAGCAGAUCAGGUCUCUCUCGGAGGCCAUGUCGGUGGAGAAAAUUGCGGCCAUCAAGGCCAAGCGCCUGGCCAAGAAGCGGGCCACCAUCAAGGGCGAUGACGACCUUGGCCUGCCAGACAUACAGGGCAUUCUGGAGUAUGACGUGGACGUCACCCGGGACAUCCUCAGCCGGGAGCGCCAGUGGCGCACCAGGGCCACCGUGCUGCAAAGCACGGGCAAGAACUUUGCCAAGUCCAUCUUCCCCAUUCUCCAGUCCAUCAAGGUGAGGGAGGAGGGAGGCACCAAGCAGCCCCCGCCAGAGCCUGCCCAAGCGCCCAGGGCAACACCGGUGCGAGCAGCUCCCCAACCGGCUGUGUACAACCGGUACGAUCAGGAGCGCUUCCGAGGGAAAGAAGAGACGGAGGGCUUCAAGAUCGACACGAUGGGCACAUACCACGGCAUGAACCUCAAGUCGGUGACGGAGGGCACCCAGCCCAAGCGGCCCGUGGCCCCGGCUCCGGCCCCGGUCCCCGUGCCCGCCGCCCCCUCUUCCACCGCGGCGGCCCCCGCUCCGCGCCCCGUCCCCAAGAGAGUGUCCCGGACGCCCAUCAUCAUCAUCCCGGCGGCCACCACCUCCCUCAUCACCAUGUACAACGCGAAGGACAUCCUGCAAGACCUCAGGUUUGUGAGCACGGCCGAGAAGAAGAGCCAGGGCUGCAAGCGGGAGAAUGCGGUGCUCAUUCAGCGGCGGCGGAACGGAGGCACGACCGUGUCCUACCGAGUCAUCGACAACCCCACCAACCUAGCUUCUGAGGACUGGGAGCGAGUGGUGGCCGUGUUUGUGCAAGGCCCUGCGUGGCAGUUCAAGGGCUGGCCCUGGGGAGGAAACCCCAUCGAAAUAUUCUCCAGAAUCAAGGCAUUCCACCUCAAGUGGGAUGAGAUCACCCUGGACAGCAACGUGGCCAAGUGGGCUGUGCACGUGAUCCAGCUGAGCAAGCAGAAGCGCCACCUGGACAGGGCCAACCUCCUCAACUUCUGGGAAGUGCUGGACAGGGUCGAAUUCCAGAGAUCCUGGACUCACGACGCCGUGAGGAAUGCGUAGCGAGCCUGCAGGCCAUGCACGCUCGAAGAAACCUCGCGCGUUAAGGCAAAGAAAAGCAUUUGUAAGCGGGGGGACACCACCACCACCACCACCACCUACAGGCACCGUAGAGCCACUUCGCAGCAGCUCGCCGGAGGCAUCCGCACCAUGCUUCCCGGCAGCCCACAUCCAUCGUCCUCCGUGCCGCUUCGUCCAGACCGUGCGAGGUGGUUGUACAAAAGAUGGACUCUGCCCGUUCCCCAAACUUCGCUGUCGGCGACGCGCCGGAACCCGAAUGUCGAGAUCGACGGAGUCGACGACAUUUCCGCACUUCGCCGUCUUGCACGAGGCGGACACACCCAGAAGAUGUAAUUCGUUUGUUCCCGUCUUCAUUGCCAUUUUGCUCCAACCAAGUCUCCCCAGCCGAUGUCGGAAUCCGUGCCGGCUUGUCACGAACUUUCCGACAUGGUCCCACUGUCUGUCGGUGGGAGUAUAGUGGGGGGGGGGUAAAACUGUAUAAUAGUGUGCUGUGUAAGAAAAAAAGAAAAGCAGUUAUGAACGCA